UUUCAACUGGUUAAUUUUCUUUUGUUGCCAUUAUUGACAACUUAAUUUUUUCUCCGAACUUUAUCAAAGGAAAUGAAUUCUUGUAAAGAGGUUACAAACGAUAGUGCGUACUCUUCUUUUCUCUACCAAAACGACAACAACAAUAUUUUCCAAAUAUUUUGUUAAAGAUGUCAAAUAAAUCCGUUUAAAUUCAAAUAAAGAGUUACGUUUUUCAAGUGUCCAGCCAUUUCAAUGUACCUAUAAAUUGAAUUUGAAAGUAAUUGCAUGAUGGCUUCCACUCAAGAUGCAUGUUAUUUAGCACUCUUAGCUUUAGCAGAAGAGUUUCGCACUAUGAAUCCUCCUAACAUUCGGAACUGCAUUCAGUGUCUUGUUGCGAUCUUUAAUUUAAAACAACCACCGAAAAUUGAAGCUCGUACACAUUUACAGCUUGGAAAUAUUUUGCUUCAGCACACAAAGAAUACGGAUUUAGCUCAGUCGCAUUUGGAAAAAGCGUGGUUUCUGUCGCAAAAUAUAAGUAGUUUUGAUGAUGUUAAAUUUGAAGCAGCUAGCGUACUGGCUGAUCUAUAUGAAAAGAAAAAUCAGUUGCAUUUGGCUAAAUCAAUGCUUGGUAAAGCAGUUGAAAUCUCACAGCAGUCACCGUUCUGGCAUUGUAGAUUGCUUUUUCAGCUUGCUCAUUUUCAUGCUACCGAAAAGGAAUACACUUCUGCUUGCAAUAUUUUAGGAGUUGGUGCAGAAUACGCUCAUCUUUCGGGCGCACAUUACACUCGAAUACUUUUCUUACUGAGCAAAGGAAUGCUGCUGAUGAUUGACCGUAAGCUACAGGAGGUCCACCAAGUGCUCUCAUUGGCUGGGCAGUUAGUGGAAAACUGGCAGGGUAGCACAGCCCAGAAGGAAGCUCUCAAGGUUUUCUUCCUUGUUUUGCAAGUCUGCCACUACCUCACUGCAGGACAGGUAAAAAGUGUUAAACCCUGUUUGAAACAGCUACAACAAGGCAUUCAAACGAUUACAUCUUUACAUGCUGAUGAAGAAGUAAUUCCGACUAAUCCGGGAGACAUGUUCCAAUGGAUGCCAAAAGAACAUAUGUGUGUCCUUGUAUACCUAGUAACCGUUCUUCAUUCUAUGCAAGCUGGUUAUAUGGAUAAGGCGCAAAAAUAUACAGACAAAGCUUUGAUGCAAAUCGAAAAGUUGAAAAUGAUUGACAGUCAUCCCAUAUUACACAGCUUCCAGUUACUUCUUUUGGAGCACAUAGCCAUGUGCCGACUUGUUAUGGGAAAUAAAACAUUGGCUAUACAAGAGGCUUCUCAUGCUCUGCAGAUAUGUAAGCAAGAACCUAGAUUGUUUCACCGUCAUAGACCACAAAUCAAUGCAUUGUUGGGUCUUUAUGCGAUGUCCAUGAACUGUAUGGAAGCUGCAGAAGCACAGUUUGGAACGGUUGUGAGGAGCUCGACAACCACGGAACUACGCAUACUAGCUAGCCUAAAUUUAGCUAUUGUUUAUCUUCGAAGCAAGCGGGAUCAAGAACUGGGUGAGCUUUUAGCUCGCUUAAACCCAGAGACGCUGCCUCUUGUGUCCCAUAGUUUGAGAGCUGCUGCCUAUUACGUACAUGGACUCAACGCUUUCUUCCAGGCGCGCUAUAAUGAUGCCAAACGAUACCUCAGAGAGACACUGAAGAUGGCAAAUGCGGAAGACUUGAACCGCCUAACAUCAUGUUCAUUAGUUCUUUUGGGUCACAUAUUCUUCUCUCUUGGAAAUAGUAGG